UUAGUCUGGGCGUAAAAAGGGCACAUUUCAGGGAAUUCUUUGAGAAAAACGAUUCAAUAAUGAGGCUAAACUACUACCCCCCAUGUCAAAAACCAGACCUCACUUUAAGAACAGGGCCUCAUUGUGAUCCAACGUCGUUAACCAUCCUUCACCAAGACAGAGUUAGUGGCCUUCAAGUGUUUGUAGACAACGAAUGGCGUUCAAUCAGCCCGAAAUUCGAAGCAUUUGUCGUUAACAUUGGCGACACCUUUAUGGCACUGUCGAACGGGAGAUACAAAAGUUGCUUGCACCGGGCGGUGGUGAACAGCCAGAAGACAAGAAAAUCUCUCGCUUUCUUUUUGUGUCCAGCGGGGGAUAAAGUGAUAACCCCACCAGCCGAGUUGGUGAACCAAAACAGUCCCCGAGUGUACCCAGAUUUUACAUGGCCUAUGCUGCAUGAAUUCGUACAGAAACAUUACAGAGCCGAUAUGAACACUCUCCAAGUAUUCUCCAACUGGGUUCAACACAGACACAGCUGAACCCUUCUUGUGUCAAAAUACAAACUCAUGGCAUUGAAUUGAAGAGAUGGGAUGCAUUCUUUGGUAGUGAUGGACACAAGGCAGGACAAGAGAUGCAAUAAAAAAAACCCAAUAAGGACCUCG